UUCUGUAGUCGGCACACUCAAUUAAAAUGUUUUAAACCACUGUUUGCUUUGUGUGUUCCACAGCUGACUUGUUCUAAUCACUCUCAAUUCGUAAAAAACCGAGCAACAUAUUAUUUUUGAAAGAUAACACGAUUAUAUAAACAAUAAAAUAUUGUAUUCGUGAGCAGCGCGAUACAGAAAACUGAUUUUAGUAGACAUUAAACGGUUACGAAGAACGGAUCCAUCAUGUCCCAGAAACUGCAGCCACCCGCGCUCCCCAAGAACUGCUACCAAAUGUGGGGCGGUCGCUUCAGCCAGAAGCCACAUGAAGCUCUGCAGGUGCUGAACAACAGUCUGCCAUACGAUUCCCGGCUAUAUGCGGAUGAUCUGGAUGCCAGCAAGGCCUACGCAGAGGCUCUCCACCGAGCAGGUCACCUGGACGCAGCGGAGGCGGAUAAGCUGGUCAAGAGCCUGGAGCUAUUGCGCUUCGACUGGAUUGAGGGAACAGUGAAAUUUAAGCCAGGAGAUGAGGAUGUGCAUACGGUAAACGAGCGGCUGCUGGUGGAGAUUACCGGCGAACUAGGGCAACGUCUGCACACUGGACGAAGUCGCAACGACCAGGUGGUCACGGAUAUGAAGCUGUGGCUGCGCAAGGCUAUCCGCGAGACCCUGGGCCGCCUGAGCCGCGUCAUAGAAACAGCCAGUCGUCAGGCGGAGCAUCACCUGGGCGUCCUGAUGCCAGGAUACACGCACCUUCAGCGCGCCCAGACCGUACAGUUCUCCCAUUGGCUACUGUCCCAUGCAUUUGCCCUGCGAGAAGAUGGCCUGCGGCUGGCAGAGCUACGGGAGCGCGCCAAUGUCUUGCCUCUAGGCAGCGGCGCCCUGGCGGGGAAUCCCCUUGGGAUCGACCGCUUAUGGCUGGCUGAGCGCCUGGGUUUCUCGGGUGUGACACCCAAUAGUAUGCAUGCGGUAGGAGAUCGCGACUUUGUAGUUGACUUUAUUUACUGCUGCUCCUUGGUCAGCCUCCAUUUGUCCCGUUUGGCCGAAGAUCUGAUCAUCUACAGCACCAAGGAGUUCGACUUCAUCCGUCUGGCCGAUAGCUUCUCCAGUGGCAGCAGCCUGAUGCCUCAGAAACGGAAUCCAGAUAGCUUGGAACUGAUUCGUGGCAUGUCGGGUGUGAUCACCUCAAAUCUGACAGGCAUUAUGAUGACCAUUAAGGGCACACCGUCCACCUACAACAAGGACCUGCAAUUUGAUAAGGAGUAUUGCUUCCAAUCAUUUGAUAAGCUCUCCCAGAUGCUCGAGGUAGCCGAUGGUGUCCUGCAGACAAUGCAGGUGCAGCAGAAUUCGAUGGAAGCUGCCCUCAGCACUGAUAUGUUGGCCACAGAUUGGGCUUACUAUUUGGUAAAGAAAGGGUUACCCUUCCGUCAGGCACAUCAUGUUAUUGGCCGUGUGGUUUCCUUGGCCGAGGAGCGUGGUGUGGAUAUCACCGAUCUGCCGCUGGGCGAGCUGCAAGCCUUCUGUCCCUCCUUUGGGUCCGACAUAGUCAGUGUGGCGGAUUACUCUAAUAACGUGCAGCAGUACAAUGCCAUUGGUGGCACCUCCAGUGCCAGUAUUGUGGAGCAGCUAAGGCUACUCAAGAAGUUCGCCAAGGAUUUGCGCAAGCAGUCCUAGCUAGCAAGGACCAGCGCUUUAUUUCGUUUGAAUUUUUGGUUUUUUGAUUAACAAAUUAAAAAGUUACAUUUACAAA